UGGCGCGCGCUUCCGGCUAGUGCGUUGACGUCGGCCGGCUGUUCAAGGCGCUGCUGAGGGCUUUUCGGCCGCCGCCGCGCGUUACCCUGCUCGCCCCGAGGCGCUUAGUCUCCUCUCUUCUCGCCGUAGGCCGUGAAGACAUGAGCAGCAAAGAAGGAUCAGGAGGGUUCAGGAAAAGGAAGCAUGACAAUUUCCCACAUAACCAGAGAAGAGAAGGGAAGGAUGUUAAUUCAUCUUCACCUGUGAUGUUGGCCUUCAAAUCAUUUCAACAGGAACUUGAUGCAAGACAUGACAAAUAUGAGAGACUUGUGAAACUUAGUCGAGAUAUAACUGUUGAAAGCAAAAGGACGAUUUUUCUCCUCCAUAGAAUUACAAGUGCACCUGAUAUGGAAGAAAUAUUGACUGAAUCAGAAGUUAAAUUGGAUGGUGUCAGACAAAAGAUUUUGCAGGUAGCUCAAGAGCUCUCAGUAGAAGACAUGCAUCAAUUCCACAGAGCCAUUACUACAGGACUGCAGGAAUAUGUGGAAGCUGUCUCUUUUCAACACUUCAUCAAAACACGAUCACUUAUCAGUAUGGAUGAAAUUAAUAAACAGUUGAUUUUUUCAACAGAAGACAAUGGGAAAGAAAAUAAGACUCCUUCCUCUGAUGCACAGGAUAAGCAGUGCGGUACUUGGAGACUGAAAAUCACGCCUGUUGAUUACCUCCUGGGAGUGGCUGAUUUAACUGGAGAGUUGAUGCGAAUGUGUAUUAACAGUGUCGGGAAUGGGGACAUAGACACUCCCUUUGAAGUGAGCCAGUUUUUACGUCAGGUUUAUGAUGGGUUUUCAUUCAUUGGCAAUACUGGACCUUAUGAGGUUUCAAAGAAGCUGUAUACUUUGAAACAAAGUCUGGCCAAAGUGGAGAAUGCUUGUUAUGCCUUGAAAGUCAGAGGUUCAGAAAUUCCAAAACAUAUGCUGGCAGAUGUCUUUUCAGUUAAGACAGAAAUGAUUGAUCAGGAGGAGGGCAUUUCUUAGGAUAAUGUUUUAAUCAGUUGUUUUUCUCUUAAGAACUCCUAAGAGAGACCAAUUUGUAAGACUGUUAUUUAGUAUAUCAUUUGACUUUAUUGUGGCUUUAGAAAUGUUUUCAGUUGUACUUGUUUUAAAUUGUAUACAGGCUGUACAUAAAAUUACCAAAAUGAAUCAUUUCUUAUAUCUUACUUGUGAAAAUUUACAUACAGAUGUUUGCAUAUAUGCCUAUUUGAAUUUUUGCUGGCUAAACUUCAUCAUUUAUCUUUGUUAAAUGUGAACAUGCUUCAGAGUGCACUUUCUGCCAUACCUGUUUUAAUUUACUUUGUGUAAAUUUUGGAGUGGUGAUAUUUAGUGGAAGACAUUUAUAGUUUAAGUUGGUGAUUUUUUUAAUAUAUAGAAAGAUUUCUUAGUUACACAUCUGGACUUGAGUUUCCUGUUUAAAUUUCUUGGUAAUAUUGUGCCAAGCCUCCAAAAUAGGCUUAUUCCAUAGAAUAAGAAUUAAAAUUAUUAUUAAUGUACUUUAAUUCUAUGAGGUAGUGAGAAUUCAUACUGUAUUCUGGCUAAUUUUAGGUCAUUUUGAAUCCAUAUGAAACAGCCUUCCAGAAAAAUUGACAGGUACCCAGAUGUUAGUUUAUACAUUUAAUUUUUGUCCUUUAUCACAGAAAGCCUGAUAGAGAAUUGGCACUAACAUUGUAAUAUUGUCACUAAUGUUUGAGUUGAAUUAUAUAAUUGCACACACAACUGAAAAGCUAGUGAUUAUUUAGUAAUUUUUCUUGUUAUUUCAUUAGGCAUGUUUGGAGGCUUUCCUAUUCUCACAUCUAUAAGAAAUUACAUCUAAAUAAUUAUAAUGAAGUUUUGAAAUCUUUGAAAUAUUAAGUUAACCCAAAUCUUUACAGUUGUCCAGUUGUGUUAAUUGAUACAUAAAAAGUUGCCAAAGAAGAUUUAUCACAUACAAUUCAGCAAUAAGACAAUUGUCAACACAGUUGGGAAUAACAAGUAGUAUCACUAGUAAUAGAAGUAGCCUCACUAGUAAUAUUUAGAAUUGGAAUUUGCCUACUAAAAUUAGUUAUAGAUUAUUCCCUGUGGUGUGAAACUGACUUGAGCAUGGCCCUGUUGGCUGACAACUAGACCUUUUCUUUUGGUUUUGUGAGUUUUGAGAGUCUAGAUAUUGGAUUUUAUUUUUGGAAAAAUUAGCAGCUCUGUUUGCAAGGGCUUAUUCUUGGAAAGUGUAAUUUUCCAAAAAUUAUCACCUAAAGGAAAAUAAAAUAUAUACAUGCCUAAUAGACUAGGUUUGUUUGUUGUUUAUUCUGGUGGUAGUAUGUAUUUUUGGUUUCCCUAUUCAAAGAUACAGCUGAAAUAGUUUAUUACAUAUUUUUGUUUCUUUUGCCACUUGAAGUUGAUGAAUAUCUUAUAGAUGUUUAAAACUGAACUCUUUGAAUAAAAUAUUAAAAUAUAA